AUGGAUAGCUCAUCCGAUGUUGUUUUGGAGGAAAUAACAUGGCGGUCUCCUCAGCACGUCCAGUUGAUGGGCGGUUUCAUCCACUCCAAUAACAUUUUGUUUUACUUUGCCGAAUCUCCCUUCUUCGACUCCACCUCGAAUAAUGCUACACUCACGUUGCAAGCAAUGCAUAAUGAGAACUUUCGGCAAUUUAUCGAGACUCGCGAAGCAUUUGAAGGGAGACUCAAGUCUAUGCAAGGGUUGGAGUUUAUAGUAGCUCACGAUCCGAUACAAGAAGCCGCGGCGGCAGUAGCGGCGGGAAAUGCGCCCCAAGAACCGUCGAACAUAUGGCUCUCGACGGUUACAUCUCUCACAAAAUUGCUACCUGUUGCAUCACGACAGUUACUCUUCACGCCAUCCCAUGGCCACACAUACACUCCGCCUAUCCCAAAACACACCGAAGCAAGUCAAGCUGGUGUUCCCCAAUCUGCACAAUCUGGAAAAGAAACUACCCCUGUGCCGGGGACCCAGAACACAUCGACUUCAGCAUCGCCUUCCAAACUAGGCUCAGGUGCAACGCAUGAUAUGAGGAACCUUUCAGACGCGCUUAAUCUUCUUUCCCGAUAUGGCGAUGAAUAUAUGGACGAGAUGCCGCUUGUUGGUGAACCAGGCUCCUUUAUCAUCUCAAAGAACGCUGGAAAUGCUAGCAAUAACUCCCUGACGGUUCCGGCCGCCGAACACUCUGUAGGCGGUGGCACGACAGCCAAAUCCGCUGGACGAUCGCCGUCAGGGACUCCAGGUCCAAGACCAGGAGGGCCAGAUACGCCUGGGGCUUCACCUGCUCUGGGAGGCGCUUCUGACUCUAACCAGGCUGGAGCAGGGAAGGGCAGGAAAAGGGUUAUCACCAAUAUUCUGUGA